AUGUAGCAGACUCAAGUAUUUUAUGAUUUAAGAAAUUUUCUAACUUGUUAAUCUUUUCAGAUCAAAGAUCUUCAAUUGAACCUUUUUAAAGAAAAUUUUGGUGUAAAAGAAUCAAAUCAAACUGCAGACUAAUUAGUUAAAUACGCCAACCUCUAGAAUUUAUUUCUCAAUUUUAAAUGCAACAAACUAUGUUUGACUGGAGUAUCAAAUCUAGCAAUAUGCUUAGGAAAAUGUAUAAACCUUUAGCAUUUAUACCUUUAAUUUGAUUAGAAUAAUAUUGAUGAAAACGGAGCUUUUAAUUUAGGAAAAGAGAUAGGAAAAUGCUUCAAAUUAAAAUCUUUGUCUAUUAAAAUAUGUUAGAAUUUAAUUAAAGAUAAUGGUUUAUCCAGUUUAAGCUUGGGGCUAACUAAGUGUCUAUCUAUAACAACUCUCAGCUUAUAUUUUUCAUAAAAUCAAAUUUAAAGUAAUGGAGUAUCUGGUUUAGCUGAUGCUUUGCAAUAAAUAACUAAUCUUUAAAAUUUAACACUUGUUCUAGAUGGAAAAAAUAAUGAAAUAUUUGAAAAAGGAGCUUUUGGAUUAGGAGUUGGUUUGGCAAAUAAUAUUAAUCUUAUAUCUUUAAAACUUUCUCUUUUAACUCUAAAUAAAAUAAAUGACAAGAUAAUUAAAGAAUUUAGUAAAGGAUUUGUUAAUAUUAAUUAGUAGCUGUUAGUUUUUAGUUUGAAUUUAAACAACAAUCAGAUUAGAGAAUUGGGAACACCAUGCUUUGGGAAAGCAAUAGGAAAUUAUAUGAAUUUACAAGAGUUAUAAUUAAAAUUUGAAUAAAAUUAAAUUAAUGAAUCUGGAGCUUUUGAAAUCGCUAAUGGUAUCAGCUAGUGCCUCGAUUUGGCAACAAUAGAACUUAUUUUAUCUUCUAAUGAUUUAAAUGAUAAAGCUAUGUCAUAAAUAGGGUUUACACUAAGUAAAUUAAAAAAACUGAGAAAUCUAACUCUGAUUCUCAAUUGUAAUUGCAUAAAUGAUGAAGGCUUAAUUGAUUUGAGUAAAAGCUUAAAUUAGUGCUCAGUUAUUUAAAAUUUAAAAAUUGAUUUAUUCUCAAAUAAUAUUGGUGAUAUGGGUAUAGCUAUUUUAGGACAUUAGCUACAGUAAUGCAAUCAAUUAAGAAAAUUAGAAAUAGAUUUUUUGGCAAAUAAAAUAAAGUUAGUCAGAUAAAAAUUAAUUUAAAAGAUUUUUAAAUUAAAAAGAUUAAUAAGAUCAAAGAUAUCAAUUUGA